AUGAAAUUAGCAGACCCUAAUUUUCAUCAACCUGCUUCAGUUGAUAUUUUAUUGGGAGCAGGUGUUACCAUGUCAUUAUUUACACAAGGACAAAUAGAUUUGUCUAAAUCUGGUGGCCCUGAUUUAUUCUUACAAAGAACUAAAUUUGGAUGGGUCAUCGGGGGGAGUGCACCUACAAAGGUCCCAUCACAACAAGUGUCUUGCCACAUGGCAUCAGACAUGCACUUUGAUUUCUCAAUAUUUUGGGAAAUUGAAGAAGUAAAAGAUGUUUGUCAUCUCACAGCAGAUGAAUUAGCAUGUGAAGAACGGUUUUUUCAACAUGUCACAAGAAAUGAGAUACAAUAUGAAGCUGUACUACAAGAAUAUCUUGACUUAGGACAUAUGUCUCAGAUAUUAGACAAAAAUCUAACCAAAGAUGGUUUCUAUCUUCCUCAUCAUGCAGUAACCAAAGAAGAUAGUCAAACGACUAAAGUACGUGUGGUAUUUGAUGAGUCAGCAAAAGAUAACAAUCGCCACACGCUUAAUGAUAUAUUACGAGUUGGUCCAACAAUACAAGCAGACAUUUUUUCUUUAUUACUUCGCUUUAGAAUUCAUCAAUAA